AUGGAGGAACUUCAUCAGAAGACGCUAGAGAGACGCAAGUUUAUCGUUGAUCAAGGCUACCGGUAUAUCGAGCAGUGGGAGUGUGAUUUCGAUGCCAAACUUACGUCAAAUACGACUAUGAGAGAUUUUAUCUCGGCCUUGGAAAUUGCUGCUCCUCUUAUCCCACGCGAUGCCUUCUGUGGAGGACGCACUAACGCAACCAGACUCUUUUACGAAGCAGAGCCGGGGGAGAAAAUCAAAUACGUGGAUUUUACCAGUCUCUACCCCUACAUCAAUAAAUACGGUAAAUAUCCCAUUGGUCAUCCCACCAUUAUCACCGAAAACUUCCGUGAUAUUAGGGAGUACGAGGGUCUGGUUAAGUGUAAAGUGCUUCCUCCUAGAGGGUUGUACCAUCCGGUCCUCCCCUACAAGACCUGUGGACGCCUGAUGUUUCCGUUAUGUGCCGCAUGCAGCGAAUCAUUGCAGCAGUUACCUUGUCUCCACACUGACGAAGAGCGCGCUCUCACAGGUACGUGGGUGACUAUGGAGCUACAAAAAGCAUUGGACAAAGGCUACAGGAUUUUGAAGAUCUACGAGGUCUGGCACUUUGACGAAAUUUCUAUGUACGACCCGGACACAAAGGAAGGAGGGCUGUUCGCUUCGUACGUCAAUGCAUUUUUAAAGAUGAAGCAGGAAGCCAGUGAUUGGCCAGCAUGGUGUCAAACUGAUGAACUAAAGCACAAGUACAUCAAGAGUUACUUUGACAGAGAAGGCAUCCAGCUCGAGUGGGAUAACAUUCAGAAAAACCCCGGCCUCAGGGCACUGGCUAAACUCAUGCUCAACUCAUUCUGGGGAAAAUUUGGUCAACGCCCCAACAUGGCAAAAACAACACACAUUACUGAUCCUUCGGAAUAUUUUGAGAUGAUGACGAGAGACGAUGUCGAGGUGAACAGCGCACACUUUGUGUCGGAGGAGAUGGUUGAAGUCCAGUGGCAGAAUACCGAAGACUUCGUCGAGCCCUCUGGCCGUACCAACGUGGUCAUCGCGGCCUACACAACAGCACAGGCUAGACUCAAACUUUACGAACUCUUAGAAUCCCUUGAUCGUAGGGUAUUAUACUGUGACACCGACAGUGUGAUAUACGUCAGCAGAGAGGGAGAGUGGGAACCCGACAUUGGGGAUUAUUUGGCCUAA